AUGAGAAGUUUACUCGAGAGGGAGAGUAGAAGACGAGUCGAGCGUUCAAUGACUCAAAUCAAUGAAUUGGUUGAUUGCGUCCGAGAAUCGCAAUUGACUUCAUUGCAGACCAUUCAGAGAUCAAAGCACUUCUAUUCAGUGCUUCCCAAUCCGUUUUGGAUAACAGAGAGACAUUUGGCCAACAUUUUGGUCUCUCUUGGAGUGAAUAAAUCGGCAUUAGAUAUAUACCUCAGACUCAAUCUAUGGGAUGAUGUCAUCGAUUGCUAUCAAAGGAUCGGACGAAGAGAUAAAGCAGAGGCUAUAAUACGGGAUCAGUUGAAGGACGAGGAGACACCACUUUUGUAUUGUCUUUUGGGUGACACCACAGAUAAUCUCGAAUAUUACGAAAAGGCGUUACAAUUAUCUGAAGACAAGUAUCCGAGAGCUCACAAAGCAUUAGGAAAUCAUUACUUCAAACUAAAGGAAUAUCCCGAAUGUAUCCCUCAUUUCAAGCGAUCGGUUCAAUUGAAUUCAAUGCAAACGGAUGUCUGGUUUCGAUUGGCCUUUGCGGCGAUGAUU